AUGAGCGCAGAGUUAUUCAGUUUGAUAGACCAGUUACAGAGUUCUGCAAAUGAUAUUAGAUCUAGAGCAGAGAAGAUCUUGCAGGAUAAUCUGGUAAUUGCUCACCCAGACGAUACACUAGCUGGGAUUGCAGAAGUAGCUGCCACACAUCAAGUGGAGCAUGUGCGCUCUUUCGCUUUGGUCCUGAUGAGAAGACUGGCGUUCCAGCGUCCAGAUCAGACCAACCCAACACAGGAACUCUGGGCAGAUAUCCUGCGUCUCGAGACAAGACAAAAAAUUUCCGUGAGACUUAUCAAUCAAUUGGUCCAUGAACAUGCCCAGGGAGUAAGGAAUAAGCUGGCAGACACUCUUGCAGAGCUCGCAAGAGAUAGUCUCAGCAGAGGCCAAAGCUGGAACGAGCUUUCGUCCGCUUUGUUCCAAUGCGUCGCUAGCGAUACACCUUCCAUUCGCGAAUCUGCAUGGAGAGUUUGGUCAGGUGUACCCGUUAUGCUCAUGGACAUGCCAAUGGAUCAACUUAAACCAUUGUUCUCACAAGGAUUGCAAGAUGCUCAUACCAAUGUUCGUUUGACAGCCCUCAAAGCAUUCUCAUCUACCCUCAUCGACUCGGAUAGAUCAACUCGAAUUCAAUUGUCUCCAAUCUUGGUUAUCACGUUUGAGUUGCUCCCUCCACUCGCUCAAACUGGUGAUUUCGACAGCUUGCGUCAUGCUCUGCUUACAUUCACAUCUCUUGCCUCUUCUCAUCCAGCUUUGUUCGAGUCGCACCUCAACAACGUCCUCAACUUCGCUGCUGAGAUCGCAGAGAAUGAUGCAUGCCCAUUCGAAGUCCGUCAACCUGCUCUUGAGCUUUUACUUAGCUUGGCAGAGGGUGUCUCAGCUGCAUGCAGACGCAACGCUCGUUUUUCAGAAAUUUUCAUCAGAAUUUGUCUCAAGUGGAUGUCAAUUAGAUCGUCCGACGAGGAUUGGGAAACGACUGAAGAUAUUGACGACGUUCCAGAAGAGGAGGAACAGGCUCAAGUUGGUGAGGAAUACAUAGACAGACUUUCCAGCGCUCUCGGCGGUAAAGCGAUCCUCCCACCUGCAUUCACGCUCAUCCCUGCGAUGAUUUCUUCACAAAAUUGGCAAGAGCGUCUCGGUGGUUUGAUGGCUAUCGCUUCAAUUGGCGAAGGUUCAUACAAGAACUUAAACUCGGAACUAGACAAGGUCAUCUCGCUAAUUGAGCCUACUUUCAACGAUCCUCAUCCUCGCGUUCGUCAUGGCGCUUGUCAUGCUAUCGGUCAGCUCUGCACUGACUUUGCAGAAUCUCUCCAAGAAGCUUUCUACGAUCCUAUCCUAAAGGCUUUGGCGAGCCUUGUGCAGGACAGAAGUCCAAGAGUUCAAGCACACGCUUCUGCUGCACUUGUAAACUUCUUUGAUGCUCCACCUGAAGUUGAAUUGUUUGAGCCAUACAUGGAUGGCUUGAUUGAAAGGCUCUUGCAUCUCCUCGGUACCAGCUCGAAGCGCUAUGUGCAAGAGCAGAGCAUCACUACCAUUGCUACUGUUGCGGAUGCAGCUGAGGAGAAGUUUGCAAAGUAUUACUCCACUGUAAUGCCAUUACUUAUAAACGUCCUCGGCGCAAACCUUGGUCCGGAAUUCAGGAUGAUGAAGGGUAAAGCGAUGGAAUGUGCAACCUUAAUCUCAAUGGCUGUUGGUCGUGAAACCUUCCUCCCUGAUGCAAAUAAAUUAGCGGAGCUCCUUGCCGUUAUCCAGAGCCAAGUUACAGAGAGUGACGAUCCACAGAUCAGCUACUUAAUAAGCGCAUGGGCUAGAAUUGCUGGUGUAAUGGGACCAGAGUUUGCACCAUAUCUUCCUUCCGUGAUGCCACCACUGCUUGUAGCAGCACAGAUCAAGCCAGAGUUGCAAGUAGCCGAUGACGAUGAGGUAGAUAAAGAUGCCAACCCAGAAUUGGAAUGGAUGAGGAUGGCUGAUCAAAACGUCGGAAUUCAGACAUCUGCGCUCGAAGAUAAAAACACUGCAAUGGAAACCCUUGUCGUCUAUGCCACUGAGUUGAAGGAGCAUUUCGGUCCAUUCGCAGUUCAAUCCUUGGAGAUCGCUCUGUCUAGUUUAAAGUUCUACUUUCAUGAUGGUGUGAGAGAGGCAUCUUCACAUCUCGUUCCACAAUGUGCAGAGAUCGCUAAACUCACCGGACAAGCUAGUGAGGAGGUGAUUGACACGACGUUUGCUAAUGUCGUUGAGGCAAUUAGCGAUGAAGUUGAUCCAACAUUCUUAGGUGUGUUAGUGAACUGCUUCUACAAGUUAGUGUCUACGUUUGGAAUUCCAAACCUGAAGCAGCCAAUUGCGACAACUUUCACCAAGGCAGUCGAGCAGCAGCUGCAUGAUAUGCAUGAGAAGCGCAAGCAGCGUAUACAGAAAUUUGGGAAACACAACAAUGGCGGUGAUGUCGACCAGGAAGAUUUGGAGCUGGUGCUAGAGGAGGAGGAAGCUGAAAAUGGUGCUCUGGAUGAGAUAUCGGCGUGCUUGAAGAUUCUUGAUGCUCAAUCAGGCCUGCUGAUGGGUAUUGGUGCAGUAGCUCAGAUGGAAAUUGGUCCCGAGUGGGAGGAUGAAGAGGAGGAGUAG